UACAAUGCAUUAUACAAGGGGACAUAUCACUUUCUCUCGCCUGGUACUUGCAUCAUUGCUAAGAUGGCGGCGGUGGCCUGCAGGGGGGUUCGCACCGUGCUUGGAAAAUCAGCUGGCACUUCUAUUCUAACUCAUCAGAGUGCCAAGUUCUCCACCCUAAGGGAAAUGGCCACCGCUAGGAAAGCCGUGCUGGCUGCAAUGGGUGUGGUGGGAGGUGGUGCAGCAGGGCUGGCGUACGCUCUCAACCAGUCUGUGAAGGCAUCUGACCUGGAGCUCCACACUGUCAAAUUCCCCUGGUCACACGAUGGCGUCUUCUCAUCAUUGGACCACGCCUCCAUUCGCCGUGGCUAUGAGGUAUACAAGAAUGUGUGUGCCGCCUGCCAUUCCAUGAAGUACAUCGCCUUCCGUAACUUGGUGGGUGUCUCUCACACUGAAGCGGAGGCCAAGGAUGAGGCCAUGGGUGUGCAGAUUGAUGAUGGCCCGGAUGACGAGGGCAUGAUGUUCAAGAGGCCUGGCAAGCUCUCGGAUUACUUCCCCAACCCAUACCCGAAUGAUGAGGCUGCUCGUGCUGCCAACAACGGUGCUCUGCCUCCGGAUCUCUCCUACAUUACCUCAGCCCGCCACGGAGGGGAGAACUACAUCUUCUCACUGCUGACCGGCUACUGUGACCCACCAGCGGGUGUCACCGUCAGGGAAGGCCUCUACUACAACCCUUACUUUGUGGGAGGGGCUAUUGGCAUGGCUCAGGCACUUUAUAAUGAGGUGAUGGAAUACAGUGAUGGCACGCCGGCCACUGCCUCCCAGAUGGCCAAGGAUGUGUCUGUGUUCCUGAAGUGGGCUGCCGAGCCUGAGCAUGAUGACCGCAAGAGGAUGGCCCUGAAGGCAAUAAUGAUGUUCAGCAUGCUCUUCACUAUAACUUACUACAUCAAGAGGCACAAGUGGGCUGUACUGAAGAGCAGGAAGAUUGCCUACAAGCCUCCCCAGUAGUAGCCAGCACACUCCCAAUAAGCAUUUUUAAACUUUUUUUUAAUUGUUUUGUCAGUAUUUGAAGAACAGGCUGUAAAUAUCCUCCAUAAUGGAAUAGUGUUGAUCGUGAACAUCUUGAAUUCACUGUCUUGUGUGAAAUGUUAUGGGGAGUGGAAUACAUGCAUCCUGACUCACUGUUCACCACUGCCACCUUUCCUGGAGCCAUACUCCUAAUAAAACCAUCAUGGGAAGACUCAAACUUCUUUUAAUUUUUAAAAUUCGCAUGAAAGCUAAAUUAAUUGUCUGUUUUAAUGAUAAUUUGUGUGUAAGAUGAAUUUAUUUUACAUAAAAAAAAAAUAUAUAAAGAACUAUUGUGUGGUGUACAAAUCAGUGUACAUAGUUAUAUUUAUUUGGCACUCUAUGAAUAUUAGUAUUGCCAAAACCUGUACAUUACCAGAAAUUAAAGAAUAGAAAUAUUAUAAUUUUCUUUUAACUCAGUAAUUUCACAACAUUUAUCUUUGAGACACUCCCCUUAGAUUAAAGGAAAUCAUAUACAUACAACUUAAUUAGGUUCUGUCACCCUCUAGGAUCUCUGCUGCAGCACUGUUUGGUGCCUGUCACCUCCAUGGGGUGAUAUCCACUUUCCUAGCUGCAUCACACUGAGGGACACCAAACAAACUUCAUUAGCAGCUACCCUAUAUCUUCCUUUCAUUUAUUGAACAAUGAUAUUCUGUUAAUAUAAUUCUCAACACAACUUCUGUUAAGGUAACUCUUGGACAAUUGUGUUCAUAUUUUGUUAAUAUAAUGCUCAACAAUAGUUUAUUUAGAUUUGGCAGUUUAAAUAGUAAUAUGGUAAGCCAUUCACAUACCUGUGAGGGGCUCAGGGUGGCUGCAGGUGGCUAGGUGUUGAAGGAGCCGGUGAUGGAAGGAUUGCGAGAGAUCCUGUGCCUGAGCGUCAGGGAACCACCUGGGUAUUUGUCUUUGCGGCGCAGCAUCCAUACACUGACACACACCAACACUAUCACCACAGCCAGUAACAACACCAGGGCCAGCAGUGCCCAUGUAGCCACGGAGAAUGCAUAUGAUACCUCAGAUCUGGAGUCCACACGAUAAAGAGUCUGGUGCCAUAGAUUCUGCUCCUGAAACAAGAUUUCAGAGUUAUUUGAGUCCCCAGCAGUCACAGCUGUAGUUUGUAUCCUGUAGAUAUCAUUGUUAAGAAUAAACAAUAUAUUGUCAUAGCAGA